UUGCCAAGUCACAGGCUCACAGCUCACAGGGCGUCAUGUCAAUGAUCCAGAGCGCGAGCUGGACUGGCAUGGCGUCGUUAAAUAACGGCUGCUCUGUCCCUGGCUCCUUCGCCUCGCCGAAUCACGGUUGCCACAUCGACUGUAAGCAGGAGCUAGGCAGAUCAGCAAGAUGUUCCGAGCGAUGCAGGUCGUCCUCAGGGGGGAGAGCCGUCGUGCUGGCUUGGCCGGCCGCUGCGGCUACUCCACGGCGUCGAGCUCCCAGAGGCUGGCUGGUAAGGUGGCCGUGAUCACCGGCGCCGCCAGCGGCAUCGGCAAGGCCACCGCAGCGGAGUUCGUCAGGAACGGCGCCAAGGUCGUCCUCGCCGACGUCCAGGACGACCUGGGCCGCGCCCUGGCAGCCGAGCUCGGCGCCGGCUCCGCGUCCUACACCCGCUGCGACGUCACGGACGAGGCGCAGGUUGCCGCGGCGGUGGACCUCGCCGUGGCCCGCCACGGCAAGCUGGACAUCAUGCUCAACAACGCGGGGAUCGUGGGGUCCCUGGCGCGGCCCGAGCUGGGCGCGCUCGACCUGGCCGACUUCGACGCCGUCAUGGCGAUCAACACCCGGGGCGUCAUGGCCGGAGUCAAGCACGCGGCCCGCGUCAUGGCGCCGCGCCGCAGCGGCAGCAUCAUCUGCACGGCCAGCGUCGCCGGCGUGCUGGGCCAGCUCACGCCGCACCCGUACAGCGUCUCCAAGUUCGCGGUGGUGGGGCUGGUGCGCUCCGUGGCGGGGGAGCUGGCGCGCUCCGGCGUGCGCGUCAACGCCAUCUCGCCCAACUACAUCCUGACGCCGCUGGUGAGGCGCAUCCUGCAGGAGUGGUACCCGGAGGCGAGCGGCGAGGAGCACCGGCGGAUCGUGGAGAGCGACAUCAACGAGAUGGAAGGUGUGGUGCUGGAGGUGGAGGACAUCGCCAAGGCGGCGCUGUACCUGGCGUCCGACGAGUCUAAGUACGUCAACGGCCACAACCUCGUCGUCGACGGCGGGUUCACGGUGGGGAAGGCACCCAACAUGCCUGCACCGGCACAGUGAAAGACACGAUCAGAAUCAGCGGACGAAUACAUCGUGGCUUCUCGGCGAUGUCUUGUGCGAUUAGGAGUGUCAUAUUGUUGUACGGAAACAAAUACUAUAUUAUUUCUCCAGAAUUGCAAAAGAAAAGCUUCUUCAUGACUGAUGAAUUAACUGUAUGUCUGCAUCACUAAUAAAGAAAAAAAAAUCUUCAUAGUGAAGCCUACUCUAUCUACCACCGUUAAAAAAGACGAGAGGACAGAUCCAAAUUACAAUAUAGACCGUCUGAUCACAUGCUCAACCCUUUAGAUACCCCGUCAACGAAAAUGAAUCGCUAACGAAGCGCUAAUCCCCCGCUUCGUCAUCCCACACGUCCUCGGUCAACCGAACUCGCACCCGCACGCCUCUCGCUUGCGCUCACCGCCACCGCGCCCGCAUGCCUCCCGCACCACUGCACCCGCACGUCGGCACCGCUCCCCGCCAACGUAACCGUGUCGCGCUCGGCGCUCCCGCAUCCGCUCCAACGCCACCGCGCCCCGCACGCUCCUGCAUCCGCCCCCGUCGGUCGCCCCGCCGCUCAACCCCCGCCGGUCGCGAGGUCGUUGAGCCCCUGCCGGUCGCGCGGUCGUUGAGCCCCCGCCGGCCGCCCCGCCACUUCGCCUCGCUGGCCGUCCUGCCGCUCAACCCUCAUUGGCCACCCUGCAGACGCCAGGCGGCGCGGCGGCGACGAUCUCCGUCCAGAUCCGGUCGAGGAGGCGCAGCAGGGGGCGGAUCUUGUUGCGCAUACGGCGUGGAGGCGAUCUAGGAGACGCGGGAGGAGGUCCAGCGGAGGGGCUUGAACUCCAAGUUCAUGGCGGCGUUCUUUGCCGGUACGAGCGAGAUGGUGAGCCCAGCCCAAACUCACACGCCCACCACCUUCCUCACGGCCGCUACCACGCCAACUCCAACGCAACACCCGCGCACCGGCUAGCCGAGCCCAGCCUCCCCAGCACCCGCAGACGCCUCGCCGAUCCAGCUUUGGCUCUACGGCUCGCCAGUGCCGCACUACUGUCGGGGAUGGUGCGGACGCCGAUAGCAAGCACUUACUAGGUGACCAACACCUCCUUUUCUCUUCCCCUCCUUCCCUUUCUCUUGGUAUGCUGCUCGUUCGGUACAUACACACUUAUAUAGUAUGUCUAUGUUUGGAACUUCGAUAGGGCUGCCUGCUCACUCGUGCUGCUUUUACUUGGGAAAUUCAGAAACUUGCGCGUAUGCUAGAAUCGAGCCACUCGGUGUAGUGACUUUGUACUUGCGCCUAAUGGGAGUGCUGGUACCUUAGGAUUUGUGACAAUUUCUUUGUGAGUUGUUAACCAGACCCUGCAAAUUGUGGGAUUUAUUCGAGCUGGCCUGGUUGUGUCGUUCUGCCUGGACAACUGAAUCAUCAUUUCAAUGAACCAUGGAUAUGCGAUCGGAA